UCCACAGCUGGUUCACUUCCUGUAGGGACUGAAAACCAAGUGAGGAGAUGAAGGAUUGCACUGUACUACACCAGAGAGUACAGAGAAGAUAGACACCACAGAUAGAUCCUGAUCAUCAUCCAAUCCCUUUGCAGCAUUGCUCAACACAGAGAAGGUUGGGCAGUGAAACCAUCAUCUGGAAAUUGGUCAGGUUAGGGGAGCUUAGACAUAUCAUCAGAUCUGAAACUGGUCAGUGGUGUGGAGCCUUCCAUCAGAACCAACCUUUCCAAAGGUUCAGCAGUGGGCAAUCGGUCAAGAAGGAUUGCACCGUAUUACACCAGAGAAUACAGAGAGGAUAGACACAGCGUAUAGGUUCAGACCAUCACCGAAAGAACAACUGCACAACUGUGGGAAGACAUCCAGUCCCUUCACAGUAUUGCUCAACACAGACAGGGUUGGGCAGUGAAACCAUCAUCUGGAAAUCUGUCGUGUCAUGGGAGCUUUGACAAAUCAUCAGAUCUGAAACUGAACCUCACCGCCAAAAAAUGGGUGCUCACCAUCAGAACUAUUGAUGGGAAGAUGGCUGCAAACACAACUUCCAGCUCUGCACCAAUACUACAACCAAACAUUACCUCAGAUAAGCAGGAUAAAGUUAGGAAGUGUGAGGAUCAACAAAGAAACGGUCAAGCUCGUAAUUUCAACUUCAAGCACAGAGCACAAGAUUUGAAACUGCUGCAACCCGAUACAAGAUCAAUAGAAAGAAGGCAUUUUAAUAGAAAGAGCUCCACAAUCAAGACCUUGUAGAAUUAAGAUGGUCCAGGGAAAUAUCGGAAGGGACCAAUGAGCCUUGAUACAACUGGGAAUGAAACCAGUGGAAUCUUGGACAUACUAUUUAGAUCCAGAUGGAGACAAGGAACAAGAAACUCUUCAACCAUCCAGGUGGAAGAUGGUCCUCUCGAAUGAUGAGAGAGUGCAGUUCAUCCUCAACUUCAAAACAAAAUCAGGACCAGAUCAAGGAGAUUGGUCAAUUCGCCAUGGAGACUGAUGCUGUGAAGUGUGAGACUUUGAGGGGAGAUGUAGGAGUAUGUAUAUAGUUCGGAUAAAGACUUGGGGGAGAUGUAAAGAAUUAACAUCAGGAGUACCUAGUACUGAUAAGGAUUGCCCCGUACUACACCAGAGAAUACGGAGCAGAUAGACACCGUGGAACAAUUGCACAACUGUGGGAAGACAUCCAGUCCCUUUGCAGCAUUGCUCAACACAGAGAAGGUUGGGCAGUGAAACAUCAUCUGGAAAUUGGUUGGGUCAGGGGAGCUUUGACAUAUCAUCAGAUCUGAAACUGGUCAGUGGUGUGGAACCUUCCAUCAGAACCAACCUUUCCGAAUGUUCGGCUGUGGGUGAUCAGUCAGGGUGAGGCUGGGAAGAAGUGUGAGUGGGCUCCAAGUGUGGUGAGAGAUUCAAUCAUUCAUCAAACCUCUUGAAUCACUGACUCAUUUUUACUAGUGAGAGGCUGUUCAAAUGUGAGCUGUGUGAAGAGGACUCCAUGGGAUCAUAAGAUCUCGUAGCACACAAAGUGCAUCUCUUACAACCACUGUUACGUCAAGGGCAGCCAGAUGGAAGAGAAACAGUUUAAGUGUGAGAUGUGUGAUGAAGCUUUUGUGACAUCUUCGAGUCUCCUGAUACACCAGAGGAUUCACAUGGGGAAGCAAUUCCUCAGGUGUGAGGUGUGUGAGGCGACUUUUACCAAUUCCUCCAAGCUUCUGAGACACCAGAGGAUCCACACAGGAGAAAAGCUGUUCACGUGCAAGGUGUGUGACAAAUCAUUUGCACAGUCAUCCAAUCUCCGUCUACACCAACGUGUUCACACAGGGGAGAAACCAUUCACGUGUGAUGUCUGUGACAAAUCAUUUUCUGACUCAUCGAACCUCCGCGUACACCAACGCAUUCAUACAGGGGAGAAACCAUUCAAGUGUGAUGUGUGUAACAAAUCAUUCUCUCAGUCUUUGAAACUCCUGUUCCAUCAGACAGUCCACACAGGGGAGAAACCAUUCACAUGUUUGGUGUGCAAAAAAUCAUUCUCGCGGUCCCAGACUCUCCGGAGACACCAACGCAUUCACACUGGCGAGAAACCAUUCACAUGCAAGAUGUGUGACAAAUCGUUCUCAGAUUCAUCAGCCCUCCGAGGACACCAACGCAUUCACACUGGGGAGAAACCAUUCACAUGUGAGGUUUGUGACAAAUCAUUCUCACAGGCAUCAAAUCUCCGUGUACAUCAACGCAUUCACACAGGUGAGAAACCAUUCACAUGCAAGAUGUGUGACAAAUCGUUCUCAGAUUCAUCAGCCCUCCAGGGACACCAACGCAUUCACACUGGGGAGAAACCAUUCACAUGUGAGGUUUGUGACAAAUCAUUCUCACAGGCAUCAAAUCUCCGUGCACACCAACGCAUUCACACAGGCGAGAAACCAUUCACAUGCAAGAUAUGUGACAAAUCAUUCUCGGAUUCAUCAGCCCUCCGGGGACACCAACACAUUCACACAGGAGAGAAACCAUUCACAUGUGAAGUUUGUGACAAAUCAUUCUCCCGGCCAACGGAACUCCGUGUGCACCAGCGCAUUCACACAGGGGAAAAACCAUUCAUGUGCGAGGUGUGCUGCAAAUCGUUCUCGAAUUCAUCGUACCUCCGCACACAUGAGCGCAUUCACACUGGGGAGAAGCCAUUCACCUGUGAGGUUUGUGACAAAUCUUUCUCACGGUCAUCGGAGUUCUGCAGGCACCAACGCAUUCACACAGGGGAGAAACCAUUCAUGUGCGAGGUGUGCUACAAAUCAUUCUCAAAUUCAUCACACCUCCGCACACACGAACGUAUUCACACUGGGGAGAAGCCAUUCACAUGUGAGGUUUGUGAAAAAUCAUUCUCACGGUCAUCGAGUCUCCGCACACACCAACGCAUUCACACAGGGGAGAAACCAUUCACGUGCAAGGCGUGUAACAAAUCAUUCUCACAGUCUCGAAGCCUCCGUGUACACCAACGCAUUCACACGGAAGUAACCGUCCAAGUGUGAGGUGUCUGACAAACCUUCACAAAUUUUCAUGGGAACAAGCUCUAGCCAAUCUGUCAUCAGAGUGUGAAUCUCUACACAAACUCACUGCAAAUGAUGUUCAAUAAUAUUGGGGCACAGAACAAGGAGCAGCUUUCACUCACAUCAAACAACUAGUGACGACAACACCAGUGCUGAGGUACGAUGAUGUCAAUGAUGAAGUCACCCUGCAGUGAGAUGCCAUUGAAACAGGACUUGGAGCAACCCUCAUGCAGCGAGGACAACCAGUUGUGUUUGUAUCCAGAGCCUUAAUACAAACUGAAUGAUGCUAUACACAGAUUGAGAAAGGGAGUCUGGCUAUUGUCUUUGCUUGUGAGCAUUUCAACCAGUACCUGUUUGGGAGAGAGAAAGUGAUGUUAGAGUCUGAACACAAGACAUUUCAAAGCAUUUUUCUCAGUUCGCUUCCAUCUGUUCCAAAGUGUUUACAAAUGAUGUCACUUCAUUUACAGGGAUAUCAUUUGGAAGUGAAGACCUGAAAAUUUUAAAGAUUAUAUGUGCAAUGUGUGUGUAGGGACAGAGAAAUUUGGAACAGAUUAGAAAGAGCAAAGCAUUUGCUUGAUAAAGUGUGAUAAUUUUCUUUAUGGACUAUUUAUGUGGAGUCUCUUGCAAACCAAAAGGGGGGUGUCUGGAUAAACCCCUUUUUACACUGUGGCUUCCCAUAUUAUUGUGACCUCCGAUGUCAUCAUAUGUAAAUAAAGGUUUGAGGGCAGUAACCAUUUUACACACCACAUGGAACAUUGUUUAAAAUUCAAAAUGCUCCAAAUAUUUCUGGAGCAACAUGAGUUUCCUGAAGCUUGGGAAACUGACAGGUGAAACGGAGGCGACUUUGAGCAGCAGAUCAGGUGGGAUUGAAACUUGUCAUUGUCCCAUCUGAAUCAAACCUCACUUAUUGUAGCUGCUGUCUCAGUUCCCCAGUAAAGAUUUGACUGAGAUUUCUGGGAAUAGCAUUCUUCAUCCUCGGAGGCUUUCAAACUGACAUCCAUGUGGAAUGUGUAGCCUCAGAUGUGUUUGACAGCAAAUCAGUAGAGGAAGACCUACAGCAUCCAAGGCAGCGAUGACAUGCAGUGGUGGGAUCAGCACAUGUACAGGAGGGAGGGUCACAGAAGAGAUGCAGGAAUUCUCUCCUAGCUCUGUAGGUAGUUUGGAGAGGUUGGAAUUAGAUUUUCACUAAAGGGCUCAAUUUUUAUUAAAGUAAAUCCAAUAAAGCCAAUUGUUUUGAUUGAGUUAAAGACACAAGGUCAAGGAGGCCAUUUUGAGAUGAAUGAUAGUGGCUUCUUCAGCCAUUUUGUAUCCUGCAUUGUUGUGUCACAGUAUUAAGAUCAAUUCAAGGCUUUGAAUAAGCCCUGAUUGAGUUAUGUAAUUAAUAAGUUAUGUUAUCAACAGCCAAUGUAAUUUAUGAUUUUUGAUUGAUGUAUUUUUGAUUUAUCCACAUAAUA